AAGUUAAUAUCCGUUUAUUUUCGUGACGUCCGGUAACACAUCAACCAUCCACCAGUCACCACAUUUACAGUUUUACACUCUAUUUGUCAACCGUCUUGUUUCAAAUCGUAUAAAUCUAUACAAUUUAAAAGUGCCAAAUCACUUAAUUCAUUAAAAUGGCAGCGAAAAAGGAAGGUCUUAAGUCAGUAAUUAUAGCAUACGUGUUGUGGUUGUUCGGUGGAAUAUUUGGAGUGCACCAUUUCUAUUUACGAAGAGAUAGACAUGCUUUUGUAUGGUGGACUACUUUGGGCGGUUUUGGCGUUGGCUGGCUUGGCGAAAUAUUCCGUAUCCCUAGGUAUGUACGAGACGCCAACGAGGAUCCAGCCCACAUGAAGGAUCUGCUCACGAGAAUGGUCCAAAACAAAAAGCCACCAUUUUCAAUGAAUCGCUUCACUGGAAUGCUGAUGGUUGGGUAUUCUUGGGGCCAAAUGAUGAUGUUUGCUGUGCCACCCGAUGGCUUCUGGGGCAUCAACUUGAGAUACCUCAAUCUCCUUAUACCGUUGGCAGCUGCUCUCGGUGUAUGGACAGUGGGUAACAUAGGGAGGGAGCAAGGCCGCUUGCUGUACCCUCUCCUAGCCGCAUACGCUGCUUACCCCAUCCGCUACUACGUGUACGACGAGACUGUUUGGUUCACGUGCAUGGUGCUCGCCUCAGCGCUCGUAUUCGACUCCUUCGCUAAAGAGUGGAGGAAGACUCAAAAGAAAACACAUUUCGUCAAGCGCGUUGCAGUGCUAGGAGUUUGUGCUUGCCUGUACCUGUCGCUGUGGUGCAGCUACUUGUACUUCCAUGGUACAAUCACUGACAGCGAAGGAGAUGAAGUUCCGAUUUACGAAGCUCUGCAUCACUUCUUCACCAGUCCUUGGUGGUUGGACGUGAAGCAAUGCCUGAUUGACACGUACCAGUACGCGCAGCAUCACGGCUGGUACGAGGUGUGGAAGCAGAUUAUAGAUCUGUCAGAUCCUCAUGGAGAACAAAAUGCUUAUAAGGUGCUGGGAGUCGGUCCUGACGCAAGCCAACAAGAGAUCACAUCGACCUGGAGGAAGCUCUCAAGGGAGAAUCAUCCCGACAAAGUUAAAGACGAGAAAGGACGCAGGGCCGCUCAGGAACGAUUCAUGGAGAUCCAACAAGCCUAUGAAAUACUCUCCAAUAGCAAGCACAGGAGGAACCGACGCAACAAAAAGGACAACUCGGAACCACUAGGUGAAAGAGUUGAGCUGUAGAGAUAACGUCAAGGCGUGUGCGAUUGUGCUAUACUCCUAAACCUAUGGACCAAAGCAAUACUUGCGUGGAAACAGAAUUUUCUCGUCGCGUUUUCUGUGACUCUAUUUAUAUUGUGCAUUCAAGCGAAUGAAUAGUGUAUCGUAAUCAAAUAUUUUUUAACCGUAUUCUUAUAAAGUUGUAAGUUUAUGAUAUCCAGUAGACGUGUAGGAUAGUAUAUUAUAAUCGAAACUAAAUUUCAGAUUUUUUUAUGGUAUUAAUCAUAAUGAUAUGAUAGAAUAUGUAGAAUUUUAAAACUAGAAUUAAGACAAUUACUGGCACCGCCGUAUGGGGGUAUUCAAGUAGUGCAUUUCUUAUAUAGUCUAUUACUUAAUGUAAAUUCAAGUAUUUUAGAUAUAGAUAUAGAUUCAAAUAUUUCGUACUUAUCAGUAAUUUAUAUGAUUAUUAAAAUAAUAAUAUAUCUUAAUUGGUCUAGUUGGAGUAGUUUCAAGUAAAUAAGUUUUAACGUUUUGUAAAAUGCAUAUAAUCUGAUUCGUAUUUGCUCAUGUUGCGAUGCUCAUUUAUUUUAGGCUAGUCCGUAGUCAAAUAAAACCCUCCUUUGCAUCGGGCAAUCGUGUAUUCUUUAUAGUUUCCGUCCGUUCAUAAACUAGCAUACAAUCUAUUUUUUAAAUGGUUCUAACCUGCCACACACUUGUCUUAGCAACUCACAAAAUAUGACGUACUGACGGUGAAAUUACGAGCUUUAAUUAAUAUAAUUCGCUCUAAGAUUUAUCAGUGACUGGUGAGCAACAGAAAUCAUAAAUAAUAUAACUCUUCUUGAAAGGUCAGAAGAAAACUGGCGUUUCCUAUCAAAGUUGCAACUUCACCAUCAGCCCAUCAAUUUUGAUUGUUUAAAUUCUAUAGUUCUUGCUACCUUCUUGAUGGGAGAAAUACUCUAAUAGAAUGCACAGCUAUUAACUAUCUAAGGUUAGCUAUUUUUUAAAGAACCAAAUCCUGCCGUUGGCUUUGAAGCAGUUUCCAUUGCCUUUCGGCCGAUGUUCCCAUUAUUCUUGAGAUAAAACUAACCUAUAAAGGACUUUUGAGCUUUAGUGCUAUAAACUUAGGCUAGUAUUGUGGACUAAAAAACUGGUAUAUUACGAAUCUCAUAAAAACAUUAUUCAAAAUAAAAAAAAAACUGGUAUUAUUGUAGUUAGCGGGUUAAGAAUCUGACUUUAUAAUCUCAAAUUAUAUAUAAUGUUAUAUUUCUAUCUAAUGUAGUAAUAAUCUAUAUAUUAACCAUGUCGAGUACGAUUAUAAACUUUUUUAGACUUUGAUAUACAUAAGACUUGAUAAUGAUAUGAAUUUAUUCUUGUCUCCUGUUAAGAUAUAACGUUAUUUAUUUAAUUUGUUAUCGAUUUACUUUAUAGGCUUAUUGAAGUCUGAUAUUUAUCAAACCUUUGAAAUCAUAACAUUCCCUUAGCUAUUAAUUUUGCCAUCUGGAAUUACUUAUUAUGCCGUGGUUUGCUAUAGAAGCCGUAGCUAGCUUGUAGCGUCUUGCAGUAUCAAAUGUUACGAUGUUUAACACUAUCCUAAGACGUCGGCUUGCAUUAUUGUAGUAGUACCGUGACGUGUCGUACCGCGGGACGUUACAGGCCUCUUGUGCAUGCUAAGACGACCAUUGUAAGAAUUCGAGUCAUUUCUACACACAAACUGUGUCUACUUCGAAACAAAACAAUACAUUGGCGUUGAACAAGAGAGAAACCUCACUCAUUUGACACGUAGGAACAUUGUUGUGGAAACUAAAAGCCGUCAAAAUUCUCAUCGUUUUCACUAUUCUUUGCAAAAAGGAUGCGAAUUUUUGCAAGGCGUUUAUAGGACACCGCGGUCUAAUUAAGACCAAACUUUAUCUAGAUGUAUGUUUUAAGCCUUUAUUUAUUCAAACAUGCGAUAGCAGUAGCGAUGUUACUUAAGAUUAAUUAUUUUAACGCAUUUAUUACACCAAAUGUACUUUAUCUUAGUACUUAUUUUAAAUUAUUAUACUUUUAGCAAUUUGACACGGUGUGGGAAGUGCGAUAAUUUCUUUAAAAUGAGGUUUUUAAAGUAAGUGUUCCCACCAAGGGAAGUCUAAGUACCAAUAGCAUGCCUUUGAAAUUACCCCAAUCGACGAUGCUGAUCUGUACGCAAGAUAUACGAGGUAACAUCCGAAAAAUCUUAUGCACACCACCGCGAUAAAUUAUGUUUUCAAUUAAUCAAAGCCAUGAUCAAUUGCUCUGAGAUAAGAAUGACUUGAUCAGCCUUGAGGAAACCGGUGGAGAAUCAAAACCCUCCACAUUCAGCACCGUCCUUUUUUAUAUUGCUUAAGCUACUUUCAUAUGUUUUUAAUUUAUUCUAUAUGGUCACAAAGUCUCGUUACGUUUAUUUUAAUUAAUUGAGAAGUGAAAUAUGUAUGAAAAACAAAAUUUUUUUUUUUGGUACAAUAUUCAGAAAGGUCAAAUACAUUUUUAAAUCCUAGCCAUGUUAUCUUCAAUACAAAGAAUUUGUAAUAGUCUUAUUUAUUAGUUGAUUUGACAAAAGCCACCACCAAUUUUGCUGCACAACACAUGGUGACAGUCCAGUUUCGUAACAUUCCAAUGUAUAACUUACAUAUAAUUUUAUUAAAUUAUUGACCUGUGAAAUGGAAUUAAUGUAACUCUUUAUUUUAUAUACUUAUAUUAAUGGUGAAGAGUUAUUUAGUAAAUUUAUUGAAAUA